UCCUUAUUAAAUUUACAGUUUCUGCUCUUAACCAGACAAGCAAGCCAAGAAAUUCCAUGAAAAUGAAUGCAGAGAUACUUGCCCUUACUGGAGCUGCCCUAGGUACAAUCGUUUUAUUAUUUCUUAUCUGGUUCACAGUUUUCUUUUAUUGCAAAAGGAAAAGAAGCAGUGAAGAGCACAUGAUUCCCAUGCCGGAAGGCAUUUGCCGCCAUUUUACAGCUAAAGAGAUAAGAAACGCCACCACCAACUUCGACAGAGAUCUUCUAAUCGGAGAUGGAGAAUUUGGUAGAGUAUUCAAAGGUUACUUGGACAGUGAAAAAACCACACCAUUAGCUAUUAAAGCUCUUAAACCUAACUCAAGCCAAGGAUCUGAUCAGUUCUGGGCAGAGAUUGAGACGCUUUCGAAGCUCCGUCAUCCUCAUCUCGUAUCUCUGAUAGGUUACUGCAAUGAUCAACGUCUCAUGGUCCUCGUUUACGAGUACAUGGCCCACGGAACUCUGCGUGAUCAUCUUUAUCAAAGUCAUAAUCCUCCACUCCCAUGGAAACAAAGGCUAGAGAUUUGCAUUGCAGUAGCACGCAUACUUCAUUAUCUUCAUGCUGGCGAUUCACAUACCAUAAUACAUCGAGAUAUAAAGACUUCUAACAUUUUGUUAGAUGAAAAAUUGUACUUUCAAAAGAAUACUUCCAUCCGGUUUUGAAACUGAGUUUAAAUUUAUAAUAUUUCACAUGUAUAAUUAAAAACCACUUUAGGAUAUUGUAAUCUUAACACCGACAUUUUGAAUUUGGCCUCCAAAAGAAAAAGAAUGAAAAUUCUUAGGGAAGUCACCAUUGUGGUUACA